UAAUACAAAACAAUUUACUCUAGUAGUCGUUAACAUAGAAAGCAACACUAGAUUUGAAUAAUACUGUUUACCAAAUAUUUUCAUUAACAACCAAAAUCUGUUUUAUUAGUGAGAUGAUGAAAAGAUGAAAAUAAUAAAUCAUAGACAUGGUGGAUAAAGACAGGCUUGGACCCGACCACAGUUAAAUACCCCCAUGUUUUCCUUGUUCUUUUAUAGCCUGAUAACGAUUCCUCAUUUGUUCUAUUAUGGGCCUACUCCACACUAUAUCCGGCCCAUUAUACCAUCCUCUGCAUGUGACUUGUCUCUGUGUAGAUAGCAAUGGCCAUUAUUUACGAAUUACGACUCGUCACUUGUCAGGACCAAUUCCUCCCAAUCCCUUUGGAAAAUGAGGUCAAGAAUGUUCCAUCGUUAUUACCAGACUUCUCCAUCAUCUUCCGUUUCGUCGACAUCUGCUCCUUGUCUAAGUCUCUUACUCUCACUCUCAUCCUAGCUAUCUCCAGCUUCAACUCUCUGUUCUCUCUCCUCAACGAUGCAUACAAGUCUCUUGGCGAAACCGCUCGUAUUUGUACUCCUGUCCACGAAAAAUCCAACAACCCUUCCUCUGAAUCUCCCGACAGUGGCUUUUUUAGUCGCAGCUGUUCUGAGUAGAGCACUCGAGUAACCUUCUGUACUGGAAGCUGAUCGUUCUGUGCCACAUGGUUGCUUGCUUCUUAUGAAAUUUGCAAUCUAUGAUGAACUUGCAUAGAUUCUUGCAUUCUUAUUCUGUCUAUAACGGAUGCGUUUAUAGUCCAUUAUAUUAGUCUGAUCACAUGUUACCAUAACAUAAAAUGAUUUUGACUUUAUUAUUUACCUUGAGAUACACGUCAGUGGCUCCGUAGAUCCCAUCGUCUGUGAUCCUUGCGUAAUCUGGUAAACUCUCUAUAAUGGCUGUCAACUUGUGUAGACUCAGGGGGUACCUCAUCCAAAUACGCGUCCACGAUGUCCAACUUUCAGCAACGAACCGUGGUGACACUUUAGACUCGGUAGGACCGUUCCUUCUCGGAUACUAUGAUUCAACCUAUAUCGUUAAGUAGUUUGUAGUUACAGAUGUAUUAUAGUUUACGAAACCUCCUAUAAAACAUAAUUUACAUUACUAGUCGUUAACAUCACAGUAGAUUUUGUUUAUUACGGUUUACAAAACAUUCGUUAACCAUUACUUUAAAUUAUUAUUAUUAGCAAACCAAAAUCUGUUUUAUUAGUAGAGAGAGAGCUAGAAAAGAAGAAAACAAAUAAUACUAAUAGACAUGGUGGAUAAUAUAACUGUCUCCCUGUCCCUCCAUAACUUCCUCCUCACGUAACCGUCUCCUUCUUUUUUUUAACAAGUAACCGUCUCCUUCUUCUUCUACUUAAGCAACCUUUUCUCCAACUUCUAUCCUUUUUUUUCUUCUUUUUUCUCACAUCACAAUGACCACCAAUAAUUCCGAUUCUGAUCCCAAUUUCCAUACUCCACUUACCUCUACUUCUAACGCAAUCAUCCCUAUCUACCCUAAUCCAAAUCUCCAACUUGCUUUAUCUCCCAGUUACAACCAGAGACCUACAAAGAAACGCACCAGAACCGUUGCAUUUCCCUCUAGUUCUUCACCAAAGCCAAAAUACCCUAGAAAGCCAGAUCCUAAUGCCCCCAAAAUCACACGCCCAUGUACCGAAUGUGGCAAAACGUUUUGGUCAUGGAAAGCUCUCUUUGGUCACAUGAGAUGUCACCCUGAGCGUCAAUGGCGUGGUAUCAACCCUCCUCCUAACCACCGUGGCCCCACCCCGGCUUCAUUUUCAAACCAGAACCAGAGAUUACCAAAUUGGGUCUCCCUUAUGACCGAGGAAGAUCAUGAAGUCGCUUCUUGUCUCUUAAUGCUGGCUAAUUCCACACCAUCAUCAUCAAGUUGUGGUGAACGGUUCGAGUGUGGAGGUUGCAAGAAAGUGUUUGGAUCACAUCAGGCUUUAGGAGGACACAGAGCUAGUCACAAGAACGUUAAAGGAUGCUUCGCUAUAACCAACGUGGCCGAUGAUCCUAUGUCGACGGUUACUACUACUACUCCUAGUGAUCAUCAGGAUCAUCAGGGUAAGCUCGUUACGUAUAUGGGGCAUCAUAAGUGUAAUAUCUGUUUUAGAGUGUUCUCCAGUGGUCAGGCUUUAGGAGGCCAUAUGAGAUGUCACUGGGAGAAAGAAGAGGAGACGAUUGUCGGUGGUGCGUUUGAUCUGAAUGUUCCUGCAACAACACAGGAUCUUUCUACUUCGGACACAUCAGGGUGUUCGUUAAAUCUUAGGUUAGGACUUUAAUUUGUAAAAUAUAAUUAUAGUUACAUAUUGGAUGGUGGCUUCUAAUAUAUCUAGGAUAAUGGAGUUGUGUUGUGAUUUAAUUAUCUGUAUAAUACUAUAAUGUGUCGCUAGGAUAUUGGUGUAUUCUCAUAUAUAUAUAUGCUUAACAAUAAAAUG